AUUGUAAAAAUUAGAUUAAGGUACAAUUAGGAAAAAGUUUUCACAAAACUCUUCAAAAGUAUGGUUCCAACCUCUCUUCUCACCAACCAGUUGAUGCAUUAGCAUAUUCAGCACAUCCUUGAACUGGGUUUAUUGGGGAUAAAAUUCAAAGCUAUAAAACUAAUUAAAUCCCUUUAAUUAAUUUGUUUUGAGCAUAUUUUAUUUAUUCGCGCCAUCUUAUCUUUGAAGGACACUCUAUCAUCGAUCCGGUCAACCGCAAUCAUCGAUCUUCACUGUUAUUUUCUAUCAUCUAAAUUUCAAUUUUAUUCGAUUUGGGGGCGAAUCCGUAUGGAGUUACAUUGAUUCUAUAACCAAUUUUGGUGUUGAUCAUUAUGCUGGUUUUGUCUGGAAUUGCUGAAGUUCUAGCUGCAAGUAAAUUAUACUGAUGAGGACAAAUUUUCAUACGAUUCUACUACAAUUCGAUCCAGCAUAUACUGCUCCUCCAUGGGCUGUUCUUAUUGCGGGCGCCUUUGUGAUUUUGACCCUAUGUCUUUCAUUAUACCUUGUCUUCGAGCACCUUUCUACAUAUAAGAAUCCAGAGGAGCAAAAAUUUCUGAUUGGAGUCAUCUUAAUGGUACCAUGCUAUUCUAUUGAAUCGUUUAUUUCAUUGAUGAAGCCAUCAAUAAGUGUUGACAUUGAGAUAUUACGUGAUUGUUAUGAAUCUUUUGCGAUGUAUUGCUUUGGAAGGUACCUUGUGGCAUGUUUGGGCGGUGAAGAGAGGACAAUUGAAUUCUUGGAAAGGGAAGGACGUGGAGCUUCGAAAGUGCCCUUGUUGGAGCAUGGUUCGGAAAAGGGAAUUGUUAAGCAUCAUUUUCCUAUGAAUCUUUUCUUUAAACCAUGGAAACUUGGUCAAUGGUUGUACCAAGUGAUUAAGAUCGGAAUUGUUCAGUAUAUGAUUAUUAAAUCAUUGACUGCUAUAAUAGCCGUAAUUCUUGAAGCCUACGGUGUAUAUUGUGAUGGGGACUUCAAGUUGACUUGUGGGUACCCUUACAUGGCAGUAGUCCUGAAUUUCAGUCAGACAUGGGCCUUAUAUUGCUUGGUGCAAUUCUAUACAGUUGCGAAGGAUGAAUUGGCACAAAUACAACCACUGGCCAAAUUUCUGACAUUCAAGUCCAUUGUAUUUCUGACAUGGUGGCAAGGGAUUGCCAUUGCUAUUCUCUACGAUCUUGGCCUGUUUAAAAGCCCCAUAGCUCAAGCAUUGCAGUUUAAAUCAAGCGUCCAGGACUUCAUUAUUUGCAUAGAGAUGGGUAUUGCCUCUGUGGUUCAUCUGUAUGUGUUUCCAGCAAAACCAUAUGAAUUAAUGGGAGACCUUUUUUCUGGGAAUGUUGCUGUUCUUGGAGACUACGUCUCAGCUGACUGUCCUGUAGAUCCUGAUGAGGUUCGGGAUAGCGAACGACCCACAAAAGUGCGUCUUCCACAUGCUGACCAUUCUAAUAAGAGUGGGAUGACCCUUGGGCAAAGUGUUCGGGAUGUCUUUCUCGGUGGUGGUGGAUAUAUUGUUAAAGAUUUGAAGUUUACUGUUAAUCAUACCGUGGAACCUAUGGAGAAGGGAAUCACAAAGUUCAAUGAGAAAAUUCAUAAGAUCUCUCAGAAUAUUAAAAAGCGUGACAAAGAUAAGAGAAAAACAAAGGAUGACAGCUGCAUCACUUCUUCACCCCCAAGGAGAGAGAUUCGUGGUAUUGAUGACCCACUUUUAAAUGGUAGCAUCAGCGACAGUGGAGCCUUAAAGGGAAGAAAGCAGAAGCACCGUAAAAAAUCAGGUUAUGCAAGUGAAAGUGGUGGUGAGAGCAGUAGUGAUCAAAGCUACGGAGGAUACAUGAUCCAUGGUCGUAGAUGGGUCGUCAAAGAGUAGUUAAGAAAAACUUUUGAACUCUGAAGAAUGCACAAAAGGAUGUUGAGUAUCCUGUAAAACAUCGCAAAUUUGCACUGUGCUUGCUGUCCGUGAUUUAUGCUCCAUUUUGAAGCCUCAUUAUUUCCAUCUUGUUAGCUUACUCAUGGACGGGAACUCAGCGUUGGGAGAUAAGUCUACAUGAUGGUUUAUUCACAACAUUCUUGUGUAGGAGCCCUUGGCUAAUGUAUUGCAGUGAUAUUACAAUACUGCAUGUCUGCAUGUUAUACUGGCUUCUCUUUUUGUUCCCUUCCUUUUGCUGUGUUAUGGAGGGGUGUGAAAAGUAUGAUGUAUAGAGCGCUUCCAUAAACCUUUUGGGUCCAUAAUCUGGCACUUCUGAAUCACAGUGCCUCAGAUACCUGACAUUUGACUGUGUAUAUGAUAAAUAUAUUGCCCAAUUGUUUGAAGUAUCUCAAGGCAAUUUACAGCCAACAUGCA